ACGGAACCCAUUCCUUGACGUGUUUCCUGUCGGAUUGUUUUUGCGGAUGGACCAGUGUACCUUGAACUUGUCAGAGUAGAUUCAUCCCUAUUUUGUCUUUUCUCCAUUUUUAAAACACAUUUAUAAACGAUGCCUAGUUUCCCACGUUUACUCCGUCACGCGCCUUCAGCCCUCAGGCGGUUGUCGCGCGGCAGAAGCUCAGAAAAGUGCGUCAGUUUGUGUUUUAACUUCAGGUUUUUGCACUUUGGCUCGUCUGCUGAGUCCUCAUCGAGUGUAACACAUCAACACAAAACCGGCUCCAGAGGUUACACAAGUUCUGCCAGGACCGAGCCGGUCCGGAUCGGCUGCGCCUCUGGCUUCUGGGGGGACACGGCCACCUCAGUGCCUCAGCUGAUCUACAGCGGGAAGCUGGACUUCCUGGUGUUUGACUACCUCAGUGAGAUCACCAUGUCUCUGCUCACCGCCGCCAAGGCCAAGAUGCCUAAUCUGGGUUACACUCCGGACUUUGUCCAGGUCGCUCUCGCUCCAUUCAUCAACGACAUCCACAGGAAAGGGAUUCGUGUCGUCAGUAACGCGGGAGGCGUGAACCCUCUGGCCUGUGCUGAGGCCAUACAGGAAGUUAUCAGGAAGGCCGGCCUCGACCUCAGGGUCGCCGUGGUGACCGGCGAUGACCUCAUGCCACAUAGAACCAGCCUGUCUGAAGUAAAGAUGGUGGAUGAUGGCAGCAGACAACAGUUACCUGAAACACUCCACAGCAUGAACGCUUACCUCGGGGCCGGUCCUAUCCGGCGCUGUCUGGAUCUCGGGGCGGACAUCGUGGUGACCGGACGCUGCGUGGACAGCGCCGUGGCUCUGGGGCCGCUCAUGCACACCUUUGGAUGGGAGAGGAAUGACUAUGACCUACUGGCAGCUGGGAGUCUCGCAGGUCACCUGAUUGAGUGUGGCGCCCAGAGUACAGGUGGAAUAUUCACCGACUGGCACAAAGUUCCUGACUGGGACAACAUGGGCUUCCCGGUGGUGGAGUGCUCCGGCGACGGCUCCUUCGUUCUCUCCAAGCCGCCCAAAACCGGCGGCCUCGUCUCCUUCGGCACGGCGGCGGAGCAGCUGGUGUACGAGAUCGGCGACCCGCGGCGAUACCUGCUGCCCGACGUCACCUGUGACUUCAGCCGGGUGGUCAUCGAGGAAGUGCCAGGUGUAGAAGGAGGCGCUGUCAGAGUGUCGGGGGCUAAAGGCUUCGCUCCGUCACACGACUACAAGGUGUGUGCUACCUACAUGGACGGUUUCAGGGCGACGGCGGUGUGUCCGGUCGGAGGGCCGAGAGCAGCGGAAAAGGCCAGACGAACCGCAGACAGCGUCAUCAAACGGACGACGCGUAUGUUUAAGCAGUUAGGGCUGGAAGAUUUCAGCUCCGUCAACAUCCAGGUCCUCGGAGCUGAGGACACCUAUGGUGCCAACGCUCGCAGCAAGGGCUCUAGAGAGGCGGUGAUCUGGAUGGCCGUCCACCACAAACAGAAGAAAGCUCUUGAACUCUUCGCCAGAGAAAUAGCUCCUGCAGGGACCGGCAUGGCUCCCGGACUGACCGGCAUAGUGGGCGGACGACCCAGAGUGUCUCCUGUCCUGAAGCCGUUUUUCUUCUUACACCCCAAAUCUCAGCUGAAGGUGGACGUUCACGUCGGUGGAGAGCUGGUGGAGUCUCUCGUAGAGGCGGGGCCAGACACACCUGAGCAGGAAGCCCCUCCCACCUCAGCAGAGGACGCACCUGACAAAGAGCUGCCCAGUGGACCACACAGCUACAGACUGGAGGAGCUGGCCUACACAAGGAGCGGAGACAAAGGAGACUCGGCUAACAUCGGAGUGAUAGCUCGUCAUCCCCUCUUCUUCCCCUACCUGAAAAAACACCUGACUUCUUCUGUGGUGGAGGAAUACUUCUCCCACCUCAUCCAGCCAGGGGUGAACAACGCCAUCACACGAUACACUCUGCCGGGGAUCCACGGCCUUAACUUCGUCCUGCGGAGUUCACUGGGAGGGGGAGGGGUGGCGUCUCUACGCAGCGACCCCCAGGGUAAAGCCUACGGUCAGAUGCUGCUGGACGUGACGCUGAGAGGACUGCCUGACCUCAAAUCACUGGUGGACUGAAGGAGAGAGAGAGACAGAGUGAGAGACACUGAAAGAAGAGGUUAAUGAGGGAGAGAGCUGUGGGAAACGGAGACAUAAAAACACUUAACAAGAAAUGAAAGUGAAAGCGGAGAAAACUCCCAGCGAGAAUUUAAAGACAUUUUCCCUCAACAGAAACACAGACGGAGCAUUUGUGGAUCAUGUAACAACAAAAGACUUGUUUUGUCCUCAGCCCGAAACAAGGGAAAACCUGAAGAAGACAAGACUACAGUUGUUAAAUUUAUAUUCCAUGCAGUGAGUCAACUCCACAGUCAGAUUAGCCUCAUUGUGAGAUUUAGCUCAGAUUCAAAACAAAAGAGAGCAUUCAAAUACAACAACACAAAGUAUUUUAAUAAGCUUCACCAGGAGGCAACGCCACAAACUUUAUGAUAGAAUACUACAAGCUUUAUUAUCUCAAAUCUCACAUGUUCAAACUUUUCCCUCCUCACAGCAACAUUUGCUACAUACGGUAAAAUGGACUGUACUUGUAUUCUCCGGCCACUCGACGCGCUUCAUACUACGUAUCGCAUUCACCCACUGAUGGCAGCUGCCAACUGCUCAUCAGUCCAAAGAAAUGAAUCAUUCACACACCGAAGGCACGGCCCUCGGACGCAAUUUGGGGUUCGGUGUCUUCCCCAAGGACACUUCGACAUGCGGACCGGGGGAAGCCGGGAUCGAACCGCUCUACGACUAAGCCACAGCCGCCCCUACGUAGUGUAAACGGGUCCGUGUAGCCGGUUCCAAUUUGGGUUUGGUUCGUGUUUUCACCCGGAUUAAUUAAGCUCGGACGCUAACAAAUCUCUCAUCAAACCUUUUAUCUCCUUGUUAAAAUAACAAACAUCAGCAGCAGAUUCUAUCAGCUGUAGAUAAUGAACUUAAUCAACCUAAAAUUAAAACUCUUGGCUGUUUGGUUACUGUGCCGUUAUGUGCCAAAGAUUGUUUGUGAGGGAAAGACCCAUCACUCUGUAACACCACUCUACAACCAUGUGUGUGAGAAGAAUCUCCCAGUUAAACGUUUGUUUAUCUUAUCAAGUUCUUUACCAGGAUCUCCAGUAUUUGGAGAAAGUAGCUACAGCUAAAGGCAGCGGAGGGAUACUGAGAAUUGUAUUAUUUUAGUGACAAAAUUAGUAUGACUUCUGUUUGUCUUUGAAGCACAUCGGUGACAUUUUUUCCCACCAGAGCUUGUUAGUUUCACCACAGAGCUAUUUGGUUUCCAGGCGCUCCAUCGCUCUGGGGAGCAGUUUACAACGGCUUGUUCAAACGGUGCAACUUCAUCACAUCAAAAAGAGACUCUGCAGAGUAACAACAUCAUGCUUCAACAGUACAUAAAGAACAUCUUCAAAGGAUAAUUCUGGUCUGUUACAGCUUGGCUGUUUCUUUUAGUUACAGUAACGUCAUACUCACCGAGUUCUCGUAUCUGAGAUCCGGUAGUCUGGUGACAUCACUAAUAAGAAGUCUGAGGGGUGAAGAAACACGAGCAGUCAGAUGUUCAGACGAGUUAGAAACAAACCAACAGGUCAGUCAAACUUAUUUGGAAGAGAGAAUAAAAAUGAAAAGUAAAAUUAUCACCCAAACUGUCUGUUGUAAACAACCGACCCACGUCCUGCUUCAUCUUUGCCCUAGUGGUUUUAGUGGCUGGAUAAACCGUUAAAUCUCCGAUAUUCGGACUGCUCGUGUUUCUUGACCUGUUGUACUUUUUUUUAAUGAUGUCACCGUUUUCCCAGAUCUGCGAUAUUAACUUUGUGAGUACAAUGUUAUUACUGAUAGUUAUCAAGACUUAGGUCUUAUUUUCUUAGUUCUGUCCAUCAAUCUUGAGUUACCCUUUAAAUGCAAAAUCGAGACAGUUCUUGUUUUCUAUAAUACCCCCUCUUUAAACCAUUGAGGAUAAUGUUCGUCGCUAUCAGAAUCACUUUAUUGAUCCCCGAGGGGGCAAUUUGCCUCUCAUUCACCCAUUCACUCACAGGUGAAUCACUCAGGUGAAUGGGUGGGGAGGUGGGGAUCGAACCGCCAACCCUGUGAUCAACAGACGACCCACUCUACCUCCUGAGCCACAGCCGCCCCGUGAAAUGAUUUGUAGUUAAUGGACUAAAACACUGGAACAAUCCUUUAACAACACGAACAUCCUGAAAUGAUUGUAGCUUCUAUGAGCUCAUGUGAAAGAAUGGCAGCAAGUCGAGUAAAAAGACGGUUUGUACUGCAAACUCAGACCAGUUGUGGGUGAAGGGAACAUUUUUUGGGGGUAAAUGUGCACGUUGCCCUCACAAUCUGGACUCGAACUCCAUACCAGCUUCGGGGGAGUUGCCCCUGACCUCUGUCUUCCUCAAAGGAAGAGCGGUGGUUUGGGUCUCCCUCGGAGGGUAAACAAAGUAUCCGCCAUGGCUGCGAGACGCUCCAGACAUCAGAGGAGACACAUGCUCGCAGGCCUCGGGACGAACGGGCGCAACGCCUGGUUUCCCCCGGCCCGUUCACCUCGACGCGACCCGGCUCCGAUGUCAGCCGCCCCAAAGGAAUGUGUGUCUCCUUCCACCAAACUGGCUCUCUGGCUUCGAUAAUUGCAACCAGACUGUAGCUGCGGUCAGAGUACUCAUCAGCUUCUGUCGUUCCUGAAAAAUCAUCGCACCCGCCUCCUCUGAAUCAUAUCCCCCUUUCCAAAAUCUUCCUCCUCAUGCUGCUGCAGUUUUCUCUCAUCAGUGAAGAAGAAAAAAAUAACAUCCAACUCUUUCCUGGCAAUUUGGAUUUAUGAGCCUCUGCUAAAUUUCUGCUAAGUAUUUCCUCGAAUGGGUGAGCCCAAACCCAGAGAGGAACCACAUUAGACAGUGUGCCUAGAACAAUAACUAAACAAUGGUCUUCUAAACAGAUGCACAAAGAGUUUUACACACAAUAAAAUCAUAAUAAAUGACACCACUAUGAAUCCUUCCAGACACGAAUUGAAAGCAGAGUUGCAGGAGUAUAAAUCAGACCAAUAAAAGGGGAAUCGCAUGGGGGAAAAUAAAAAUGUCUUGGGAUUUAAAAGACGACACUGAAGUGGUCAUAUUUGCACAGUGAGGUGUUAAAAUCAAAGCUGUAAAUUCCCGCUCAUUUCCUGUUUUCAUAAAACCCCAAAUUGAAAAAAGACAAGCUGCGAUAUCACCACUUUACAUGAAAUGUGGAAAUGCAGUCACUUUUUAAUGAUGCAGAUGAGGUUUGAGAGCAAAACUUUGGAUUCAGAGUUCAAAGCAAAUUGCCGCUAACCAAAACUCCGACCCUGUGAUUCCCACCAAAUAUUUUCAAGAUUGUGUGAGUUAUUUGGAGAAACACUUCAUCAUUCAACCCCAAAAAUAACAUGGACUGUUUGAUGUUUACCCAGAGCACUUCAUAGGCACCAUGAGUGCUGAGUGUGCAAAAAAAAGCAAAUGUUGCUCUUCUUUUUUUGAGCAGGUUUUGUCAUUUAAGAUGCUCUUUUGUCCAAGAUAAAUAUCAGACCUUCCUUCAAGCAAUAUCUGGGUCUAAACAGAAGCGUUCAGAAUCAGCAUGGAUUGUUGUGGAGUCUCGCCUGGGCGUUCAAUGUCCGUCCCAACCUCCUGACCUCAUCUGACACAUCCUGAUCAUCAUCAAACAACUUUAAAGUAGCAGAAGAGGUCAGUGUGCCACUCUAACCAACAUAAAAUGGACAUUAGGCUGCGUAAUGUGACAUCGUCUAGCAGACUUAGGGUUUGUUGCUGAGAUAGGUUUGAGUCCAGUUUAUUCAUAUCUGGUCUCUCUAUUCAACAACAAUGUUUCUUUACGCAAGUGGAAAGACAGAAAAGCAAUGUAUCACUCUGCAGUGCCUCUGUCCAAGAGUCUUCAAUAUGAAGAGCUGUACAUUAACAGGGUUAACAUGAGUGAGUAUAAAUAAGUGCAAAAAUAUAUGUAAGUAUAUUUUAUAAGAAGAUAUAUUCUCUCUCAGUAUACAAUUAAAGAAUAGGAAAAUUUAGAUUAUUUGAAAAUCAGAAAAAUACAGUUAAGUUUACCAUCAUGAGACAUUUCAGUCUGGACCAGAGUGUUGGCAGUUGGGUGAAAAAGCAAAGGUCUGAGAAUUGAGCCUUGUGCAACACCAGAGAAUGUUUUGUCAUUUAAACAGUUUUGAAACAACCAAUGAAAACACAAAAACUUUCCAUUCUUUAAGUUGGACGAAAAGCAGUUCAAGUUGUUCGGCUAACUCUUGUCAAACUCUGCAACAUCAGUCAAGGAGUGAAACUAAAACAAGCUGUUUUCAUUAUUUUAUCACUGUGAAUACUACAAACGUCUGUGCCAAAUUUCUGUGUAAUCCAUCCAGUGGUUAUUGAGAUAUUUUCCUCAGGAACAAAAAGUUGCUGGUGGGGCAAAAAAGCAAAGGUCCGAGCAUUGAGCCUUGUGGAACACCAGACAAAAUUUUGGAAGAAAACCAGUUGAUGUUCUUGAACUCUAUAGCAGCUUUUUAGACAUGCACCUCUUUACGUAAAUGUGAUGCCAAUUUUACUUGUUGGUCUCGUGUGUAAAUACGCGCCCGAGUCACUUUUACGUAAAAGUCCCAACAGCAAUUUUACUAGGUUGGACCUAGUAACUUUUCCAUAUCACUUCCAACGGAACACAAGUCUGAAUUGAAUGCCAUGAGAUUAACGUAAAGGCAGCAGCACAAGGUGAAACACACAGAGAGAAAGAUCACUGUGCAAGUAUUGUCUCUUAUACUGAAAGAAAAUAAAAUCAAUUUAAUAAACUAUGAAACGCUGUGAAGAGCCGAUUUUACGUUGCUCCGGCGAUUCUUAUCAUGUCAGAUCAGUCUAUACAUUUCCCCCAUCUAAGUGUAAAAACCCCCCACUUUAAUAAUCAAACCCUCUUCAUAUUUCAGCUUAUUUAUUCAUUCAUACAGUUGGCAUGGACAUGAGUAUCCAGCAACAUAGAGCAUGUGAGCCACCACCACCAACACCACUUUCUCUCGUCCUGAAUGACAACAGCCGUCACUUUAACAGAUAAAUGAAGCCAACGAUGUUACAAAUUCCAUGUCUGGAAAGGGCAUUUGAUGUGAUGUUUUCAUGGAUGUAUCAUGUAACAUACGUAGAUGAAUCUCACUAGGACGAAGCAGGUUGUCGCCUGCUGGGGCCGCUAAGAGCUGUGCCUUGCUCAUGGGCAGCUUAUCGUUAUUACUCCUUUAGCCGUUGCAGCUUGUCCCAGGAUUCGAAGCACUGACACUUUUUAUUGCCUUUCGUCUUUUUGCGACUGAACCGAACCGCCGGUGCCUUUUCACUGUUUCUCACUGUUUCGGUCGACGUUUUCGGGACAUGACAGGUUUGCAGGACUCUCCUCAUUGUGGAACCACGAGUGCGUUUUCACUGUGGCGUUUUUAUUAAAGGGAGCGCCAACAUUUUUCUUGCAUGUUAUUUCUCUAAACAAAAAUAAAGUUUUAACUUGAAACUCAUCAGUAAUAUUAACAAUCACUUGAUUACUCAUAGAAUCAUCAAAUCUGUUGUAAUUAAAGAUCUUAAAUGACUCAAAAUGUAAAUUGUAAGCAACUGGAGCAUGUUGUAAAGAAGAAACAACACUAACUUCACCUUCUUUUGUAAUUCUACAGAAGUUUGAUUCUUCUGCUUUCUACUCUCAGUGUACUCAGUACAGUGAGUUGAUUUCUGUAUGAUCUUACUACUGAUGAUACUAAACUGAAGAGAUUAAAAAUAUUUUUAUGAACAAAA